CAAGCAAGGGUUUUCCCCACCCCAGACUUUCUUGAUUUCUGAUUUGUUUCCUUCUCCUAUCUCCAUACAUACGAUGGCGUCCCAGGAGCUGCAACUGAUCAAGGAAGAGCGGCGAUUGUUUUCAUCUUUGGUUAACAAUGUGGUCAUGACGCAGAUCCAAGCCACGCAUAAACUUCACAGCCACAGCAUCGAUGUGGGACCCCUCCUCGAUGUUGUGGAGGACAUCUUGCAGCGUUACAACCCUACUGUUGUAAUUGCGCAACAAGCACAAGUUGAAAUCAUGGAAGAGAAAACCAACCAUUCUUCAAGCAUCCCAACGCCUGAAGCACUUCCGACCAUCAAAAGGAUUGCAUGCGAGAUAACAUGCAAGUUCUCUGAUGGUGGAGAUGUGAACGCGAAAAUGUUGGCAUUGUUUAACUCACUCUCAAACUAUUCAUGGGAUGCAAAACUGGUUUUGAUCCUGUGUGCCUUUGCGGUCAGCUAUGGGGAGCUCUGUCUCACUGUACAGCAGGCUAGUGUCAAUGCUCUUGCAAAAUCCGUGGCCCUACUCAAGCAGUUGCCUGACAUCCAAGAGGACAUGGACACUUUAAAGCCUCGUUUCAACGCACUCAACACCCUCACAAAGAAAAUGCUAGAUGUGACCAAGGAUAUCAUCGAAUUAAAGGAGCUUCGCACAACAUAUAAUACAAUGGAAACUACUAGAAAGACCAUGGACAUGACCGAUAUCCCCAAUGCAGUUUACUUGACCAUCCAAAUCAUUGUGAAUUGUGCCUCACUGAUCACUGACUUCAUAUGCUUGGGUCAUGAGCACAUCAGCUCGACAACAACAGAGGGUAAGGAUCUUGACGACAAGUUUAACAAAAUACAUGGGCUGAUGAAGCAAUUAGACUCGUGCCGUGAACACAUAGGUAAGAAGAAAAACAUGGAAGGUAUUCAGGUACUCAAUCGCCUCUUUGAAAUGAAACACAGCGACAACAUGAAAAUUCUCAAGGCAUUGAUUCACUCCGAAGAUGUUAUUCUCCGCUACGGUGGCAUCGAGAAAAGGGUUAGCAUGGAAGUACUGAAAAAGAAGACGGUGAUACUAUUCAUUUCGGAUCUCGACAUCUCCCGUGUGGAGUGUGAGGUUCUGACUGAAAUCUAUAAUCGUACGUCGGAUAGGCAAUAUGAAGUGGUCUGGCUACCAGUCAUAGAUGGGUUGGCCGAAUUGCCUGUUGAGAAGGAAAAGCAGUUCAAAGAUUUGGUAUCAUUAAUGCCGUGGCACUCGGUGCAUCACCCAUCCGUGCUAAAGCCUGCAGUCAUUAGGUUCAUCAAAGAAGUGUGGAAUUUUGAGAAGAAACCGCUGAUGGUAACUUUAGAUAGCCGAGGGAAUGUGGUGUGCCGCGAUGCACUUCACCUGAUGUGGAUAUGGGGCAGCCUGGCCUUCCCUUUCACUGAUUCUAAGGAGGAAGCCCUUUGGAAAAAGCAGACUUGGACGGUCGAGUUCUUAGUGGAACAGAUCGAUACUGGGAUACUUCAAUGGGCGAGGGAAGGAAGAUACACUUGCUUCUAUGGAGGAGAAGACAUGGAUUGGAUUAAGCAAUUCAUAGCUGCAAUGAAAAGUGUGAAAACUGAAACUCAAAAGCCCAUAAAGAUGGUAUAUGUGGGAAAGAGAAACUCCAAGGAACUCCGAUUGAAGGAAAUCAUCAAUGAAAUUAAGAAGGUGGACCAGAGCGGCACUUGUUUUGACAUAAAGAAGAUAUGGUUAUUCUGGAACCGCCUAGAGAGCAUGUGGCAUUCUAUGAUGCAACAUGGCCGGACGAUUGAGAAGGACAAUAUAAUGCAAGAGGUUAUGACGAUGCUUACGUAUGAUGGUAAUGAUCAUGGGUGGGCAGUGAUAAGCAAAGGAUCUACGGAGAUGGUGAAGUCUCAUGGGAAGACUAUUCUCGAGUGCUUGAACAAGAUCGGCACAUGGAAGGAAAAAAUUAAUCUGGAAGGAUUCAAUUCGGCGCUCAAAAAUGAACUUGCUCUAUAUCAUACUACCAAGCAUUGCGUGAGCCUUCAACUCCCUUGGACAAUUGGGAAAAUUAUCGAGAAGGUCGUCUGUGCUGAGUGCAAACGCCCCAUGGAGAAAUACAUUCUCUACCGCUGCUGUACCGACUAAAGCAAUGACAUGCUACAACCGUUCAUGGUGAGUAUGUAUGUCCUUAAUAAUUGUGUGUGAAGAAUAUUUGGUCUUUCAAUAAGAUAGUGGGACUGGUUCCAUGGCUUGAGAACUAGUCAUCACGACAGUCUAGUGUCGAUAUAAGACAGUCUACUAUCGUAUCCGUUUAAUAUUAUUAAUAUGUAUGUUAUUGGAUUGAAAUAAUUAAGCUAAGUCAUGAAGUACAUUGCUUUCAAAGGUACUAAUUUCUAUGAUGAA